UGUCCGCAGUCUCUGGUCGUCUCCUGUACUAUAUCCACAGUCUCUGGUCAUCUCCUGUAGUAUGUCCGCAGUCUCUGGUCAUCUCCUGUAGUAUGUCCGCAGUCUCUGGUCAUCUCCUGUAGUAUGUCCGCAGUCUCUGGUCAUCUCCUGUACUAUGUCCGCAGUCUCUGGUCAUCUCCUAUGCUAUGUCCGCAGUCUCUGGUCAUCUCCUGUACUUGUGUCUGCAGUCUCUGGUCAUCUCCUGUACUAUGUCCACAAUCUCUGGUCAUCUCUUGUACUAUGUCCGCAGUCUCUGGUCAUCUCCUGUACUAUGUCCGCAGUCUCUGGUCAUCUCCUGUACUAUGUCCACAGUCUCUGGUCACCUCCUGUAGUAUGUCCGCAGUCUCUGGUCAUCUCCUGUACUAUGUCCGCAGUCUCUGGUCAUCUCCUGUACUAUGUCCGCAGUCUCUGGUCAUCUCCUGUUAUAUGUCCGCAGUCUCUGGUCAUCUCCUGUACUAUGUCCGCAGUCUCUGGUUAUCUCCUGUACUAUGUCCGCAG